AUGUCGCCACCGGAGCAAAACGGAGGGGCACCGAAGCAUCGGGCCUGCGAUGAAUGCCGCACCCGGAAACUGGCAUGCACCAAAGAGGCAGACGGCUGCGGUCGUUGCAAAAGAGAGGGGAUAACAUGUCAUUAUUCCCCCCAGAAACAAAUGGGCCGUCCACGUAAACGACCGAGAGAUGAAGCCGGCGAGACGACCACUACAGCCGAGUCGGCCCCCAAGACAGCCAUGCGGGAGCUGCCCCCCGAUACACAAGAUCCUGGAAUUGCAUUUAUAAACUUUCUUACCGGAGGAGAUGUCGAUUUCGAUGCAAUCUUUUCAGGGGACGCGGCGAAUCAACCUCAGGACAAGGAGCCCUGGACGUUUGGCUAUACUGGCAACGACUUUGGAACGUUGAACUUUGAUGCGACCUCUGAGCAUGCCCCUUCCUUCUCCCCUUCGAAUAUCGACCCUGCCUUGUUCACUGCCGGCUCGACACCAGAUGCAAGCGUGCCAGGGCUGUCGUCUGCCCAAUCGAGCUCUCCCGCCGCCAGUGAUGGCCAGAGCGCCUCUCUCGGACCGACCAACUGUGCUUGUAUAGCAAGUCUAUAUCUGUCGCUCGACUCGAUGCAAAAGUUGCCAAAAGACGUGACCGAGGCUGUCAGACAAGCCCGUUUGGCGGCCAAGACGGCAUAUCAGGUAGUCAAUUGCCCUUGCUGUUCCGUCCGAACCCUACAAACUUCCGCCAUGGAGCCAGAAAAGAGCACGCCAAUGAUUCACACCUUUCAGCUCCAGAUGUUGUUGGCAACGCUCAUUCCCAGCAUUGUGCAUGCCUAUGAGCGCAUCAUUCACAUGGUGGAUCAAGAGACGGCCAAGGCUCAGGCGGAGCGGCGCCAAAUCGUCUUUACGCUCGACAACUAUGGUGGCGUCUGGGGCGGCCUAAACGACGGCUGCUGUGAUUCCACCCAGGCCCUCAACCGGACCAUGGAGCCCGUCAUGUGGCGACUCACCGUGAGAGCCCUCAUGCGUGUCGAUGUCUAUGGCAUCAGCGCUUGUGAAGAUAGGGGGCCUGGCAGUUCCUCGGGCGAUCCUUUCCAUCUCGGUCUCAAGGAUAUUGUAAAUCAGAUGGAGAAUCUCUCGAGGGCGCGACACGCCAUCAUUGAUCCCCUGGUUGAAUCGGGCCAGUGGGACCAAUGUGCCAAUGCAUCUGUGCUCAAAUUUCACAAGAAUGGUGAAACCCCGACAUGUCAAAAGAUUAUUCAAAUGGCCAGAAUGUCCAUUGACAAUCUAGUCAUUGCUUGA